UGAAUGAAUAUUGUCAAAAAAAAACACUUUCAUUUUGGCAUCAAAAACAACAUUUUAAAAUUUACCAAACGGCAUGAAUCUGCUUCACAUUUCUAAACUCCACCCACUCUGCGCACCGCCACGUACGCCGGGAUUUAAAUGGUGCGCAUCAAUCUCAUCAGGCGCACCACCGUGAUUGGCUACCGUUCUGCAAUUUGAUUGGUCAACCCAGACAAGCGAGAGCAUCUACGCGUCAAUGUUUAUGUAUCCCUCUGUCUGUCCGUGUGGGAGCCGCACCAAGGUCUCUGCAAUGUGAUUUCUUCACGGUUGUUUUGCUUUUCUGUUAUUCAAGGCCGUCGUCUUAAUCAUAGUAUGCACCAGCCUCACACAUGGGGCGCCACUAAAAGGUGAAAAGACGGGAGAAAACGAGGAAAACGCCGGAAUGGCAGGUGCCUUUGGGUUCAAAGGCUGCCAGAAAAUCCGCGGUCCGCAAAUUCGAGGUCUGCUCGAGGCCAAGGACUUCUUCCUCUUCGACUGCGACGGGGUCAUAUGGCACGGGGAGAACGCGAUCACGGGCGCGGCGAAGGUGGUCAGUUCUCUCAUCCGCCACGGGAAAAACGUAGUGUUCGUCACCAACAACUGCACCAGGCCGCGGGAGAAUUACGUGCACAAGUUCUCCCGGCUGGGCUUCACCGACGUGAUGCUGGACCAGAUCUUCAGCUCGUCGUACUGCUCGGCUCUCUACCUGAGAGACUUCGUCAAGGUCCACGGUCGGGUGUUCGUCAUGGGCUGCGAGGGGCUCCGCAGGGAGCUGCUGGAGGCGGGCGUCCCCUGCGUGGAGGAGGCGGACGAUGAUCCGGACGCCACCAUCUACAACUGCACCCUGGCUCCGGACGUGAAGGCGGUGCUGGUGGGACAUGAUGACAAACUGACUUUUCUCAAACUGGCUAAAGCUUCUUGCUACCUGAGGGACCCCGAGUGUCUGUUCCUGGCCACCGACAACGACCCCUGGCACCCGCUGUCAGGUGGGAGGAUUCUCCCAGGUUCGGGGUCCCUGACCGCAGCCCUGGAGGUGGCCUCGGGUCGUAAAGCCACUGUGAUCGGGAAGCCCAGCCGCUUCAUGUUCGAGUGCAUCUCCAGCCAGUUCCGAGGCGUGGAUCCCUCCCAGUGCCUGAUGGUCGGGGACCGGCUGGAGACCGACAUGCUGUUCGGGUCCAACUGCGGCCUGGACACCAUGCUCACUCUGACGGGCGUGUCUCAGUUCGAGGAGGCUCAGGGGUACAGAAACAGUGACCUGAGCACCAACCACAGCUUUGUGCCUGACUAUGUGGUGGACACCAUCGCCGAUUUCCUCCCGGCUUUUGAGGAGCUGGAAGAACAGUGCGAUUGAUGCGUGUCGUUGCGCUGCCACCGCAGAGCACAGAUCGCUUCUGCGACAUUAAAAACCUGGCGUUUGCACAAAAUGUCCAAUUAAUAAGACGCUGGUUAUGUUUGUGACCCAUCAACAUGUAGGACAAAAAGAGAACUCAUCAGUGCAUUCUUGUGUUGUAAUCAUUUGUGACAGUUCCUUGUUGUUUACUGAGUAUACUGCAUUCUGUCAUGAAUCCCUUGGAUAGUAUUUAUUAGGUUUUUGAGCAUCAAAAAUGUAUUUUUGUAAAGCCAUGAAUUGUUCUGAAUUCAUGYGUUUAGAAGCUGGUAAUUUCAGUUUUCGGCCAAAAGGCUUAAAUAUGCAGAAACAAUUUAUCCAAUGCCUGAGUGUCCCUUAAAUUUUAAAAAGUGCAGCUGCUUUUUCACAGCUUUGAUCGAACCGAAGCAAGCUGCUAAUCAGAAGGGUGAGUUCACCUUUGACCUCUCUUGUUAUCUCUGUACUACUUGUGCCAAUAUUCAUCUAAUUAACAGCUCUCUGAAGUUUAUAUUUAGAAAAACGUUACCGGUGGCCAGCGUUACCGCACUGCUGUGAAGUUGUGAUGUUGUGAAUGUUUUCUCUUCUAAAGCAUGCCAGCGAUGGUAACAAUAAAUACCUGCAGUCAUUUAAA